GCAAUAAAUGGCACGGAAGCAACGGGCACACAUUACUAUAUAACUUGACUCAUCCCAUAAGUUCAAUAAGCGCAUAAACAGUAAACAAUUCGAACACCCAAAAACUCCAAAAGAAAACAAAAGAUGGCUUCAACUCCAACAUUCCUCAUGAAAACAAUCUUCCUCGUAUUCAUCUUUGUCUCCUUUACAAUUUCUCCGGCAACUUCAACGGCACCUGAAGACUGUGCAAGCGAGUCAGCUAACCCGUGCGUCGACAAGGCUAAAGCUUUACCUCUCAAAAUUAUAGCAAUUGCCGCAAUCUUAGUAGCAAGCAUGAUUGGUGUUGGAGCUCCUCUCUUUAGCCGGAACGUGCCCUUCCUUCAACCUGAUGGGAACAUUUUCACUAUAGUUAAGUGUUUCGCUUCAGGGAUUAUCCUUGGAACUGGUUUUAUGCACGUUUUGCCUGAUUCUUUCGAGAUGUUAUCAUCACAAUGUCUUAAAGAGAACCCGUGGCACAAAUUUCCAUUCUCUGGGUUUCUCGCUAUGCUGUCCGGUCUAAUCACUUUAGUCAUUGAUUCCAUGGCGACGAGCAUCUAUACUAGAAAGAACGCAGUUGGGAUCAUACCGCAUGGGCAUGGUCACGGCCCUGGAAAUGAUGUUACGUUACCAACAAAAGAUGGGGAUUCUGCGGAUGCACAACUCUUGAGAUAUCGAGUCAUUGCUAUGGUCUUGGAACUUGGAAUCAUAGUUCACUCUGUGGUCAUUGGACUAUCUCUAGGAGCAACAAGUGACACUUGCACCAUUAAAGGACUCAUUGCAGCCCUUUGCUUCCAUCAAAUGUUCGAAGGCAUGGGUCUUGGUGGUUGCAUUCUCCAGGCUGAGUAUACGAACUUGAAUAAGUUUCUUAUGGCGUUCUUUUUUGCAAUAACAACGCCAUUCGGAAUAGCCUUAGGGAUAGCUCUUUCGACAAUUUACAGAGACAAUAGCCCUAGUGCGUUGAUCACUGUAGGAUUGCUCAAUGCAUGCUCCGCUGGAUUGCUUAUCUACAUGGCGCUUGUAGACCUUCUAGCGGCCGAGUUCAUGGGACCAAAGCUUCAAGGUAGCAUCAAAAUGCAGAUCAAGUGUUUCAUUGCGGCUCUUCUAGGGUGUGGUGGCAUGUCGAUCAUCGCCAAAUGGGCUUAACUAAUUUCCCGAAUAGUACUCCGGAACUGAAGUCAUGUGUGGAUUUUGUUGUCGAACAAUUACAAGAUACUUACGUGGUAUCUUAAUGUUUUUUCAUAUGCAUGUAACUGUGAUUGGAACCACGACCCCGAGUAUUUCCUUCUGUUUAGGGGAAGUAGUUCUUGUUGUAUAAUGUUUUCGCAUCUCAUUUAAACAAAUAAAAAUCUUUUUCAAGAAAAGCAAAUUAUAGAAAAUAGAAUGAUCUGUUACGUAAUCUAAAUUCGUCAAGCGGAAUGCCAAUCAUUUGAACAUUAAUGGUGACAUUAUAGUCUAUAUAUAAGUAGGCCGGUACACUGUACACAUGUCCAUUGUUAAUAACAUGCACACCAUACUGCUUCAGUUCUGAAAUUUACUUUUCUUAUCUGAAGCGUUUCCUUUAGUGUGAUACUCACAGUUCUACCGGUUGACUUUAACCAAUACAUUAGAUUUGUUUGGUAUUUCUAAAUAUCUACACAUUUUAGUGACUACCCAAAUGAUGGUGAUCCAAUAAAGUGGUAAUAUCUAGAAAUGUAUUACAAAAUGACAAAAGAAAGAGUUGGGUUCUCUCAACACAGCACCCAUUACAGCAUAAUACUUGAAAAGGAAGUUAGUUCCUUACCUUAUUUAUUAAGUCUAUUGGUAUCCACUACGUUGAAAACCCAUUUUCAGACCACAGAAAGGGAAUGAGCUAGAUCGAACCCCGGUGAGGGAAAGACAACCAAUAUAUCCCGCAAGGCCGCAAGUCCUAGUCCAGAAAAUUUCUGACUAUAUUUUUGUGAUCUAAAAAGUGUCAAUAUUUUCUUUAUUAGCCAGUCAAUAAUCUAUAUCGCAUAAUUGUUACAAGUUAAAAAAGGCAAGGCAAAAUUAGAAUGUCUUAAACAAAAGAAUCGGUUGCAGACCAAUUGGUUAUUGCAUAUUGCAUUAACCAUUAACAUUUGUACGGCAUAUCACAUAUACCCUAGGGCUGGGCUAAUAAACCGAACCCGAAAAUCCGAAUCGAAUCCGACUCGAUAAAAAUGAAUCCGAACCGAUCCGAACCCGACAUAAAAACCGAAUGGAUCUUGUUUUAUGGUAUUUCGGGUUAUGAGUAUUAUCCGAACCGAACCCGAACCUAAAUGGAUACCCGAUAGAACCUGAAACAUUCAAAAUUUCCAAAAAAAACUUGUACCAAACAUGAUCUCAUUUCCUAAUAUGUAUUCAAAAUAUAUUGAACAUCUAAAAUAAUUAUCUAUUAUAUGAAGAUCGGUGGUU